UUCUAUGUUUGUCGUACCAAUGAACAGCGACACCAUUCGCGGGAAAACGUUGUAGGUUUCGCUUUUCGGCGGGCUUUCACCCUACAUCGACACAAUGUCUGUCGACGCUGUUGGAAGCGCGUUAGGAAAUGAUUAUUCUGGAGACAACAAGGAAGUGUUUUUGGACGAACUGGGAGUGUUUGGAGUCGAGGAAAUCACGCCCAGUUGCCUGUCGAAAUUGAGCGAGCUGUGCCUUGUUUACGAGUCGGCACCCGAGACGAUCGCGUCAUCGUGGAUCGCUUUCAGUAUUAAAAAGGGCAUCCACGUCGGCGACAUGACAGUGGCACUGCUAGAUCAAAUGGAACAAGAGGUUUUAGCGAAAGACAACUCCAAAUCCUCUGCUAAAACGCCGGUUUCAAGAAAGACUGCUCCGAGGAUAUUCACCGCAAGCGCAAGCAGCAAUGAUUAUGACGCUGGUGAUGAAAUCUUGGAAAGCUAUGGUGCCAGCAAAGAGAGUUUGAAGAAGCACCAAAGAACUCCUGAAGCACCUGUUAGUAAGCGCUUUGUGUCUUCCAAAGGAAGCCCUUCUGUUGUCUUCUCACCUGCAUCAUUCUCUCCAAAAUGUAUAAACCAAUCAGUUAAAUACUCUUCACGUUCCACCUCUGGAGCUGUCGUUGCACACCUCAGGAACGUCGAGAACCCUGUGUGGACGUGUAGCUGCGACCUUGAUGUUCAAGUUGGUCUAGUCUAUGUUGGGUCUGUCUGCAAGCCUGAUGUCAUGUACAUGUUUGAAAAGCUGAAGGACAAAGCUGGAUGUCUAUGUGACUCAGCCAGUGACCUGGCAGAGUACUACCAGAAAGAAGAGAUGGAUGAGAAGGAUGUUUUUGUCAACAUUUCUGAACUCAUUCUGGAGGACAGCUUUGUCACGGGAAGAGUGCUGUGUGACAGCUGUGGGAAAAUGAAUGCUAGUUCACUGAUCCUCGAAGGUAGUGAGACUAGCAAUGGUCAGUCUGUCAAGCUGGACGUUUCCAAGUUGAAGCAGUACUCUCUUUUUCCUGGUCAGGUAGUUGUUGGCAAAGGGACCAAUCCAACUCAGAAGACCCUCGUUCUGAAAGAGUUGUUCGAUGGCAAAAUGUUGCCUUUCUCUAACCAGUCGCCGCCUCUGAAAGGACCUUUGCAUUUGGUGAUUGCUGCGGGACCAUACACCACAUCAGACACUCUCAGCUUUGAGCCUUUGGUUGACUUCACAGCCUACAUCACGAAGCAUCAGCCUCAUGUUUGCAUUAUGAUGGGACCCUUUGUAGACAGCCGUCAUGAGUUGAUCCAGAAGGGGAACCUACCUGAUACAUAUGAUACCAUAUUCCAAAAUCAAAUUGAUGCACUGGCUAAUGCAUUACAAAAAACGAGGACGCAGGUUGUCCUAGUGCCCUCUAACCAGGAUGUACAUCAUGACUAUGUCUUCCCGACACCACCAUUCAGACUUGGAAAGAAAUAUGAGAAAAUCAUCUGUGCCCCUGAUCCUUGCCUUCUCGACAUCGGCGGCUACAUUGUUGGGGCUACCAGUGUAGAUGUAUUGAUGCACCUUGGCAGGGAAGAGAUAUCCUUCUCUCCGAAGCUGCCUGACAGGCUGUCUCGUCUUGCAAAGCACAUUCUGACUCAGCAGAGCUUUUACCCACUCUACCCACCAUCUGAAGACGUGAAUGUUGAUCUAUCUCACCUUUACGAUAGUGGCCGUCUGACUGUGACUCCACACUUGCUUGUGCUGCCGUCUGAUCUCAGAGGCUUUGCCAAGGACGUGGAUGGCUGUAUUUGCGUGAACCCCGAGCACCUGACAAAAGGCGUCGUCGGAGGAUGUUUUGCCCGGGUUGUGGUGAAUCCGGUGGAUCUGGAGAUGUACACCGGAAGCAUGGCUGCCAAGACUACAGUUGAAGUAAUCCGGAUAUGAAAUCGAUGUCACCGAUUUUUUUACAGUCGGCUUCUGUCAAUUCGACCCUGGCGGGACCGACGAAAUUGAUUCAAUUAUGCGGCGGGUCGAAUUAAACAAAAUGCAUAAAAAGCACUAGAACACCGCUUAUUUUGCAGUAUUUGCUCGAGCUUAACACGCCUCAGAAUCAAGCGCUCUCAAACUUUCUAUGCGUCUAAAGUAGAAAACUAACGUAGAAAUGACUCUACGUCCUAACUAAAGUAAAAAUCUAACGCACACCAGAUUUUUUAGUGGCGGCGGCUGGUUUACUAAAGUCAUCUUUGCCGCAAUACAGCCACGUUAUGCGGUAAAGCGUACGAACACCGCGCAGGCAAUUUGCGUCCCCAUUUCAGUCGAAAACAAAAGGCGCCCGUUAGGAUCGGGUAAAUACCGUAAUCAUACAUUGUGAGCUACCGUUAUAGCUUAAGAAUCAUCCUAGGGCAGUCCGAAAAUAGUCAUUUUUGACGGUAAAUGACGUGUGUUCAACAAAUUCACUGUCCCCUAAUCUCUGCAGAGACAAACACCGCCACUAAAGGGGUCACCAUGUGGGUCAGGUGCGAGUGUACGGACUGGUCAAGUUCGAAUUAUCUGGCAAAUGCCAAUUUUAGGAUCGAAAUAAUGAGCCAAUAGAAAUGCACUGGCGCCAGCUGGGAUUGAAUCAGGUAGCUGAAAGAUCGAAUUAACCGGUGUCAAAGUGAUGGAGGCCUAUUGUAUUUUGCUUAUUAAAAUGAAUUUGUACUUUUAUAUAAAACAUGUAAGCACUUUC